AUGGUUUAUUCUAUAGUACUACUAGUUUUCUUUCUUCUUACAAUUACACCAAUUAGCUAUGAAAAUCUUCAAGAUUUUGCUACAUGCAUGUCUUUUCACACUACUUCAAUCUCUUCAAGUGUUGUUCAUUCCCAACAAUCAUCUUCAUAUACAUAUCUUCUACAAGAAUCUCAACAAAAUCCAAGAUGGUUAAAUUCAACAUCACUACUUAAGCCAUCAUUCAUAGUGACACCAAAGACACAAAAAGAGAUCCAAGGGGUAAUUCUUUGUGCCAAGAAACAUGGUUUACAAGUUAGAGUGAUGAGUGGAGGUCAUGAUUAUGAAGGACUAUCUUUUCUUUGCAAAAACCCUUUCAUAAUCCUUGAUUUAGUCGAUUAUCGAUCGAUUAACAUUGACAUAGAAAAUGAAACUGCUUGGAUUCAAAGUGGUGCAACUAUUGGUGAAGUUUACUAUAACAUAGCCAAGAAAAGUAACAUUCUUGGAUUUCCAGCUGGCUUAUGUCCAAGUGUUGGUGUUGGUGGACACUUUAGUGGAGGUGGCAUUGGCACCAUGAUGAGAAAAUAUGGCCUGGCUGCUGAUAAUAUCAUUGAUGCUAGUUUUGUUGAUGCAAAUGGUAGAAUUCUAAACAGAAAAACAAUGGGAGAAGAUGUAUUUUGGGCAAUUAGAGGAGGUGGAGGAUCUAGUUUUGGAGUAAUAUCAGCCUGGAAUAAUUGGCAAUACAUAGCUAGUAAACUACCCGAGGGUCUCUUCAUUCGAGUACUCAUUCAACAAAUCGAUGGAGUUGAUAGCCAGGGGAAUGUGAAGCAAGCUGAAGUCUUGUUCAAUUCACUCUUCUUAGGACUUAAAACUGACCUGAUUUCUGUUAUGAACACGAAUUUCCCUGAAUUAGCCUUGAAGAUGGAAGAUUGCACGGAGAUGAGCUGGAUUAAAUCCGUCCUCUACUUAACCGGUUACCAAAAAGGCGAACCACUAGAAGUCCUGUUGGAUAGAAAAACACAAUAUAAAAGCAACUUCAAGGCAAAAUCAGAUUUCGUCGUUGAGCCAAUGCCUGAAAGUGUUUUCCAGGGGAUUUCAGAGAGGUUUUUGCACCAAAAACUAGUUUUCAUGAUAAUGGAUCCAUUAGGAGGUAAAAUGGAUGAAAUUGACGAAUAUGAAAUACCGUUUCCUCAUAGAAAAGGGAACAUUUACAACAUACAAUACAUAGUGAAAUGGGAUUCAAAUGAGGGAUCUAAAGAACAUUUGUAUUGGAUCCAAAAUCUUUACAAGUACAUGGAGGCAUAUGUGUCGAAUUCACCAAGAGCGGCUUAUAUCAGCUAUAGAGAUCUUGAUUUGGGAAUCAAUCAACAAGGUAAUUACUCAAGUUAUCGACAAGCUAUCAUGACUUGGGGUAGCAAGUAUUUUAAAGGUAACUUUCAAAGAUUGGCAAAAGCAAAACAUCAAAUUGAUCCAAACAACUUUUUCACAAAUGAACAAAGUAUUCCUCCUCUUUGUUGUUAGUAACAAAAUAUAUGACUUCACAACUUUCAUUAUAAUAGUUGGCAUCUUAUUGUUGUUGA